GCGUUCGUGCCAGGGAUCUGGAAAAAAAAGAAUAGGCGAAUUAGCUAGCUACCAGCGGCUGCGGCAGGGAGGAAGCGAGCGGAUAAAUCAUCAGCAGGAGAAAUACUGUUUUAAAUUAUUUACAUUGUUCACCUGGGAUAUUUUAUAUUGACUUUGGAGAUAUGUACAAGCGGGUGGUGCGUCAGAGCAAGUUCCGCCACGUGUUCGGCCAGGCGGUGAAGAACGACCAGUGCUACGAUGACAUCAGGGUCUCGCGGGUCACCUGGGACAGCGCCUUCUGCGCCGUCAACCUCAAAUUCGUCGCCAUAAUCAUCGAGGCCAGCGGCGGGGGCGCCUUCCUGGUCCUCCCCCUGCAGAAGUCGGGCCGCAUCGACAAAGCCUACCCGACCGUGUGCGGUCACACGGGCCCCGUCCUGGACAUCGAGUGGUGCCCGCACAACGACCAGGUCAUCGCCAGCGGGUCUGAGGACUGCACUGUGAUGGUAUGGCAGAUCCCCGAAAACGGGCUGGUGGGGCCCCUGGCCGACCCCGUGGUGGUCCUGGAGGGGCACUCCAAGAGGGUCGGCAUCGUCGCCUGGCACCCCACGGCCCGCAACGUCCUGCUCAGCGCCGGCUGCGAUAACCAGAUCAUCGUCUGGAACGUGGGCACCGGGGAGGCCAUGAUCAACCUGGAGGACAUGCACCCCGACGUCAUCUACAGCGUGAGCUGGAACCGCAGCGGCAGCCUCAUCUGCACCGCCUGCAAGGACAAGAAGAUCCGCGUCAUCGACCCGCGCAAGGAGGAGAUCAUCGCUGAGAAGGACAAGGCCCACGACGGGGCGCGGCCGAUGAGGGCCAUCUUCCUGGCCGACGGAAACGUCUUCACCACCGGAUUCAGCCGCAUGAGCGAGCGGCAACUGGCCCUCUGGAACCCGCAAUGCAUGGAUGAGGCCAUCUCCGUACACGAGAUGGACACCAGCAACGGCGUUCUGCUCCCCUUCUACGACCCCGACACCAGCGUGGUGUACCUGUGCGGGAAGGGCGACAGCAGCAUCCGUUACUUCGAGAUCACGGACGAGGCGCCCUUCGUGCAUUACCUCAACACCUUCACCACCAAGGAGCCGCAGAGGGGUAUGGGGUACAUGCCCAAGAGGGGGCUCGAUGUCAACAAGUGUGAGAUCGCCAGGUUUUAUAAACUGCAUGAGAGAAAGUGUGAGCCGAUCAUCAUGACUGUACCAAGAAAGUCGGACCUGUUCCAGGACGACCUGUACCCCGACACGGCGGGCCCGGACCCCGCCCUGGAGGCGGAGGACUGGUUCGACGGGAAGAACGGCGAGCCCAUCCUCAUCUCGCUGAAGAACGGCUACAUCCCCAGCAAGAACCGCGACCUGAAGGUGGUGAAGAGGAACGUCCUGGAGAACCGGCCGGCCAAGAACGCGGAGAACACCGGCCCCGCCCACAAGACGGCCUCGCCCACCCCGUCUAUAAAAAACGAAGCCAAGCUGGAUGAGAUCCUGAAAGAAGUCAAAUCCCUCAAGGACCUCGUCAGCUGUCAGGAGAAGCGAAUCACCAAACUAGAAGAGCAAAUGUCCAAGAUUGCCAUCUAAGGACCGCCUCCCCAGCACCUCCCCCCCCCCCCCCCCCCCACCAUUCAGGACGUUCCAUUGGCUGGGAGGUGGGCGGGGCCCGUCACUGCCAACCUUGACGACAGCCUUCCGCCUGAGACCCGCCUGGCAACAGUCCCAAACAACAUUCCAAGAUUAACUUUUCCUUAUCCUGCCCCCCCACCACCCACCCCCACCCCCCCAAAACCCCCGCCAAACAAACCCCUGAAGCACCACCCAUUAAAACACACGGAGAAAGUGAGAAAGAAAUGGCAAACUCUUACAAUUAAUAUUCCAGCUUUUUAUUGAGAGAAAUCAUACUUUUUAAAUAAGUGGCAAUUAAACUUUUUUCUUUUUUUUUCGCAAACCUUUUUUUUUUUUUGUGGGAAAAGUCUUAACUUUUUCUUUUUCUUUUUAAAAUUGUGACCAAGAAAUUUUCAACAUGAACAGUUUGUAUUUACUGUGGUAUACCCAAAUGUUUUAUAUGUAGUUAUCAGUAUUGCAUUUUUCCCUUACCUUCUUGUUGCCAAAUUUUAAAGGAGUUUUGUUUACACACAUCUCCUUGACAGUAUUUUACUUUUUUUUUCUUUUUUCUUUUUUUUUCCUGAUGCAAAAUAUAAGGGACAAUGCAAUAGAAUGGUAAUGUAAAGGAGGGGGAAUAUUUCAAUCUAUUACUGUACAAAUGUAUCGAUGGGAAACAAUACUCAUUUUGAGACCAACCUACUAAAAGGAGUGUUUGUUCACUGAAUGGGAAGGAAAUUAUUCUGAUAUUAAAUAGUUAUUUUCGCUGCCAUGUCCGUUUGGGUUUCCAUUUUACCCGCUCUGGAGGUAUUGAGGCUCUGUGGAAGUUUUUUGGUCUUUUUCUGCUGUAAAUGUUUUUGCAAAUCUGGUAGUUUCCCCUCUGGCUGUCCUGAAGGUCUUUGUGAGGGCGGUCUCUCCAAGCGGUCUCUCUUUAGUGAGAGAGCCUGCCUCUCCUCAAAGCCUUCUGACCCCAGGGUUUGCAUGCAAUAAAGAUUUUACUCGCUCAAAAAAAGUUCUCUCCACAAUAAAUCUCUUAAAAGAC